UCCUAGGUCUUUCUUUUCAUAAAUUCGACACUUUUUCCUGCAUCUGAAUUCAACUAUUCCUACGAACUAACUAAUUAAGCUGUAAUUAAGUUUAUAUGUGAUACGAUUACCCUCGCUCUCGCAUUUGCUUUUGUGCAGCUGCGCUAACUUGGUGUCAUCAGUUGUCAGUAGGCUCAAGUCAAAUUGUUAAUUAUUCCAAUCCAAUUCACAAUUCAACCCAAUUUUUAUAAAAUAUAAUAUAAAAUGCUUCCCACGCGUGUUUCUCGGUUGGCACAACCGGUGGUUCAACGAAACUAUGCUACAUGGAACAAGCUCUGGUCAAAAUCCCUCUCCACCGAAGCAACCUUUGAAGUUAAACCUUGUAAAUUACACAAGCUGGAUUCCGGUCCAGCGACGAGUGUUACAGUUACUAGAGACGAGGCUAUGUUAAUGUAUACACAGAUGCAAGUUAUCCGUAGAAUGGAAACUAGUGCGUCAGCUUUGUACAAGGAAAAGGCCAUUCGAGGAUUUUGUCAUUUAUAUUCUGGUCAGGAAGCGGUAGCUGUUGGGAUGAGGGCUUCUCUUACCAAUGUGGACUCUGUUAUCACAGCCUACAGAGCUCAUGGCUGGACCUACCUUAUGGGAGUGUCUCCGUUUAGUGUUCUGGCUGAAUUGUUGGGACGCAAAUCAGGCUGCGCUCGAGGAAAAGGUGGUUCCAUGCACAUGUACUCCAAAAACUUUUAUGGAGGCAAUGGCAUUGUUGGUGCUCAGGUUCCAAUAGGAGCUGGGUUAGCUUUAGCUCAUAAAUAUAAAGGAGAUGGGGGUGUAAAUGUGGCACUUUACGGCGAUGGAGCAGCAAACCAAGGACAAGUUUUUGAGGCAUACAACAUGGCAAAGUUAUGGAACCUUCCUUCCAUUUUCGUAUGUGAAAACAACGGGUAUGGAAUGGGGACUUCGGCUGAAAGAGCGAGCGCUAAUGUGAAUUAUUAUCAACGUGGAGAAUAUGUUCCUGGUUUGUGGGCUGAUGGUAUGGACGUCUUGGCAAUGAGAGAAGCAACUAGAUUUGCAAGGAAGUACGCAUCAGAACAUGGCCCUAUUGUGAUGGAAGCAGCAACAUAUAGAUACCACGGUCACUCUAUGUCAGAUCCUGGAACAUCGUACCGAACGAGAGAAGAGAUUCAAGAAGUCAGGCAAAGUAGGGAUCCCAUCACUCACUUCAAAGAACGAAUUGUUGAAGCCAACCUUGCAACAGCAGAUGAAUUAAAGCAAAUUGAUUUGAAGAUUAGAGAAGAUAUUGACAAAGCCACCAAGGAGGCAAAAGCUGACCCUGAAAUUAGUUUAGAAGAAUUGGCCGGUGACAUUUAUGCUCUUAAUCUGGAACCCACGAUAAGAGGAUUAGUAUCAGGGGAAACCGUCAAGCAUGUCAAUAUCGGCCCCCAAGUUAACGCGUAAAAGUAAAUGUAAAACCAACUAGUAAAUAGUUAGCUUUACUAUCUAUGUGAAUAACAAGAUAGCUAUUCGACCCAUCAUUUAAUCAUUUAGGCAAUCAAUCUUUAUGAUUAUAUAUGUGGCGACUGAAUAAAUUACGUCCGCAUGCAA